CAGACGAGUGUUUCCGUUGUGCUAUGGUAUAGCAACGUUCCGCGAUGGAUGCUACGGGCUCCUCAGCUUGGGACUAUGCCCUUUUCGUCGUCCUGACGCUGCUCAGCCUGGGAACCGGCCUCUAUCUGUCGCUGGGCAGGCGAGGUCGGCUGAGGACCAAGGACGAGGCCUUCUUGGGCAGCCGCAGCAUACACGCGCUUCCCCUGGCCGUCUCCAUGGUGGCGUCCAACGUGACCGCGGUGGGCAUGGUGGCGUUCGUGGCCCACUACUACGUGCACGGCUUCCACACCAUGUGGCACAUACCAACCUUCGUGCCGCUAGAGGCCGUCAUCGUCUACCUCUUCCUGCCCGUCAUGUACGAGCUCAAGAUCACCUCCGUCUUCGAGUAUCUUCGGAUGCGCUAUGGAAACGGCGUGGGAGUGGCGUCGUCCGUAAUAUACUUCGUGCUGAGCCAAAGUCUAGGUGGUGCUGCCAUCUACAGCGCCGCAUUAUCAAUGGCUACAAUUUUUGACAUAACGCCAGCAGCAUCGAGCGUAAUCCUCGGUGUCGCAGGGACUACGUAUACAGCAUUGGGGGGGCUUCGAAGCGUCGUCUGGGCCGACGCCGUGCAGGCGCUGAUUAUGACUGCCUCGCCCCUGAUAAUCAUCUUCAAGAUAAUCUACGACGCCGCUGACGACGCGGCGCCGCGGCGCCCUCUGGCGGACAUGAACGCGACGGCAUAUUUCCUGCGGACAGACAUCGACUUCACGACGGACGAAACCAUCUGGGCCUCCUCGCUGGCAGCGUUUCCCAACCAGCUCAUGCGGCUCGGCCUGGACCAAAUGAUCACGCAGAGGUUCCUGGCUGCGAGAUCUCUCCGGGACGCAAGGGUAGUAGCGUUCGCCGGUGCCGCUCUGGUAGGAUUCUUCUACUCCCUGAAUGGAGUGACGGCGUUGGCACUUCUGUACUGGUUCCGGGAUUGCGAUCCAGUUCUCUCCGGCUUCAUAUCCCGCCACGAUCAGAUCGUUCCGUACUACGUCAACAAAAGCGCCCGCGCCAUUCAGGGACUUCGAGGCCUGUUCCUGGCUGGAAUCGCUAGCGCGUCGAUCAGUACAGUGUCUUCAAUAGUGAACUCCCAUGCCGCUGUGCUGUAUAUAGACAUAGUGUCACUGAAAUUCCGAGUUGCCGAAGAAAGGACCACGUUGGUAAUGACAAGCCUUGCUGCGGCAAGUGGAACAAUCAUGACACUCGUCGCUCUGCUUGUGCCCUACGUCAGUUCUGCAGCAAGGUUCUUCAUCGCUCUGUACGCGGCAGCGUCGGGUCCCUUCUCCGGAAUCAUGAUCCUGGCGUUUCUGUUUCCAUGGGCGAACGCGAAGGGCACGGCCACGGCAGCCCUGGGAGUCUUCGUGGUGCAGAUAUGGCAGACGGCCGGCCGGUUCUUCUCUCGCCUCGCACCGCCCCGGAUGCAGUACGGCCUGGACAGGUGUCCCGCGAAUUCCACUACCCUGGGCGAAGUGGCGCCGCCUAGAAACGUCAAAGUGUCGGAGGUGUUCCCCAUGUAUCGCGUCUCUCCCUUCUGGUGCUGCCUCGUUGCCGCCUUCUCAACCGUGCUCCUCGGACUCGCACUCAGCCUCGUUUUCGAUCGAAGAAACGGUGACAACGGCAACGCACUCCGCCUCUCGAGUCCCCUGGCACUGAAGUUCUGGCGGCGAAUCGGCCUUCUUCGCCGUUUCGCGAAGGAGGACGAACCAGUCGAAGCCAAGGACCAAGAUCACAAAGCGCUCAGCCUUGAACUUCAACCCCUGAACGACAAUAGGGACGGACUCUAUGCAGCGCCGGAGGCAACGUGCGAUGAUGGACCGACGCUGUCGUUUUCGCCGCGCCAAGUGUAGCCGUAAUGCAUUAACAUAGCAACAUAAUUUACGGUGCAUAGACGAACGCGAAGUGACAACUCAGCCACGUGCGUCACAUAAAGGCUGGUUCUCUCGUAUGUACGAAUACACUCAGGCAGG